ACACAGGACAUCAAGCCUGCAACCCGGAAAUGAAGCCUGACCGGGAAUCGAACCGUGACCACUUGGUUCAUAGAUCAACACUGAGCCAGGCUGGCCAGGCUUCGUAUCCUUUUUAUGUACAAUUUAUUAAUAUGUCAGGACUCGACCUUCAACUUCUAGUCCUGCCCACCCCCCAUUCUUUUUCUCAAAAUAUAUUUCUAUUGAUUUCAGAGAGGGAGGGGAGAGAGAGACAUCAAUGAUGAUUGAGAAUCACUGAUCGGCUGCCUCCUGCACGCCCCCUACUGGGGAUCGAGCCUGGGACCCUUCGGUGUACAGGCCAGUGUCUGUCCGCUGAGCCGGCCCGCCUGGGCCAUCCCCGUUCUUCCGGACGCGUGCAUCUUCAGGAUGUGUGCAUCUUCAGGAUGCGUGCAUGGUAAACGCGCCCUCGUGCUGUGUCUCCCUCUCUCCCUGACGCUCCGUGUCCUCACUGUUCCCAGGUUGCGGCGUUUUUCUCCGGCCCCCGCUGUGCGGACGGGGCCACACGCCUCCCGGCCCACCACGGCUCUUGCGGGCAUCUUCCAGUGCUGCCUCUGUGAGAGCGCCCCGCGGAGGCGGAGCGAGGACCCCGCCGUGAUGGUGAAGAUGACCAAGUCCAAGACCUUCCAAGCGUACCUGCCCACGUGCCACCGCACGUACAGCUGCGUCCACUGCAGAGCCCACCUGGCCAACCACGACGAGCUCAUCUCCAAGUCCUUCCAGGGAAGCCAGGGGCGCGCCUACCUCUUCAACUCUGUGGUGAACGUGGGCUGCGGCCCCGCGGAGGAGAGGGUCCUGCUCACCGGCCUGCACGCCGUCGCAGACAUCUACUGUGAGAACUGCAAGACCACGCUCGGGUGGAAAUACGUGAGUGACCACCUUGUUCUGACAUUCCAGAGAGCACGCAGAGGAGCACGCCUUUGAAAGCAGUCAGAAAUAUAAGGAAGGGAAAUUUAUCAUUGAGCUUGCCCACAUGAUCAAAGACAAUGGCUGGGAGUAAAGCGAAGGCUUCCUGUUCUCUUCCAAAUCCUGUUUUGUGAGAGACUUUAAUGGAAUGCAUACAUAGGAGCGUCCUGGAUGACUAUUUCUUAAACUUGAACCUUGCCCGCCUGCCUCUUCCAGCCGCUCCUGUGGGUAAGGCUCCAUUUGGUCUGUGUCCUCUUCAUGUAUGUGGACGUUUCAGAAAUGUUCCAAUGAAUGACCUUUUUCUAGUGUCUCAAGUUCUAGAGAAAGAAUUAACCAACUGGCGGCUGAUCUGUCUAAUACCUUCUUUAACCUCUGACAUUAAGAUCAAGUUUGGCUGCUCGUCCACGUUUGACAGAAACAAGCCGGUCUACAGGCCCAGGGACAGGGUCUCUUCAGAGAGCAGGUUCACCUGUCAUUUGGAAGGACAGUGUUACAGCCCACUUCUUCCUAGUUUGCAGAAUUACAAAUUGGUUGUUUCUCUUGCAAAUGAGCUGUUAAGUCACAGUGCUCAUUUCAGAAUAUUCCAGAAGCAGACAAAUAUAUACACCGAGGGUGUAUUUUUUAGCCUUGCUCAAAACCAGCAGAUACCAUGGAUAACAUUUUACGUAAGCCAGAAACAGAGAAAUGUGUUUAAUGGAACAUCCUGUUUGUUUAAGCCAAUCGCCUCCUUAUCUGGGAAGCAAGUGAACCAGUUGUUAGCUAGGACUGGCCCCGGGCCUGCGGGCAGCUGUGCCAGGGCCAAGCCCCGGACGGGCACCGGAGGGGGUGCCGUGUAAGGCAGGCACGGAGCACUGUCCCUGGAGUGCUAGCUAACACACUGGACCGAGUAAAUCAGACUUCCUUUUCUACUCGGAUGUACUUGAAGAAAAAAAAUUAUUUUUGCAUAUGAAAGAGGCCAGAACUAACAGGAUAAACUUUCAAACUUGAGAUUUGGUAGACUUUUUAAUGUUUUCAAAAAAGGUUAAAGUUGUAAGACAGGUUUAAGCUUUGUAACUGAGAUGUUUGGUUUGCUCAGCGGGUCGCCCCGCCUGCCUGGCUCUGGCCCAUGUCCUAGGUCCUGAGUAGCCGCCACUUGUUUUAAGUUUUGACCCACCCAUGCUUCUGCAAGUUUUGGCCAAUGCACUGCACAGGUUUUGGGCAAUUUGUAAAGAAUUUAGGUAAAAAAUGUUCCCAGAUAAGUUUUCUGUUUCAGUGUUCAAACCCGACGCCAGCCUGCGGGCCAGCCGCUGUGCCAGGUGUGCGGGGCAGCCUCUGUGUGGUCACCUUGGCAUGAGGCUCACCGGAUCCCAGUGCCAAGGUUAGGAAGGGGACUCGGGGGAAGGAGGGAGAGGAGAGCCAGGUGCCAGGUGCUUCUCAGCCUGUAGGCAAGCUUAGUCCAGCGGCAGCGAGCAUGAGCCCUGCCCGGACCCCAGCCUCCCCUUAGCCCAGAGCCUGGCCAUGCAGGCACAGGGCUCCCUGCCCGGUCCUGGUUCAGCUGCUCACCUGGAGCUUCCCUCCUGGCACCGUCUCUGCCCAGAGGGUGGGCUGAUGCCCAAGGAGCCUCUGCCGUGUGUCUUCGGCUGAAAGACGGUCCUGGCACAGCCAUGGAAGCCUCUGCACGGCAGGCGCUGGUGCUGCUGCUGAGCGGGUGUCCUGGUCUAGGCGGCCCAGCAGGGCCAUAUCCAAGGUGGGUUCUGCAGUGCAGCCUCAGGCCUCCAGCGAGCAGUGGGAAACCUGAAGACACUUCGCUCGUGCAUAGGCACGUGAAACCGCAAACUCCUGCAGCUCGGUCCCUGGGGGAACCGUGGAGGGACUGAAGGAGCCGAGUGAGUGAGCACUCCUGGUGAAAUCUGGCCGGAAGGGACCCGCCCUCCUCGUGGUUCCUCGCCAAGGCUCUGUGCACCAGAGGCUCUGCGGGCGGCAUGGGGCCCACCGCAGGCCCGGGCGGCGGCUCUUGUGCGUCUCCAGGUCUUCGCUGCAACUGAAUCUAAAAUUCCUCUGAGCAGUUUUGUAUAUACGAAACUUCUAUUUAAAGCUUUUAUAUGUUCUGGGCAAUUUCACUGCUCCUUCGAUUUCAGCACUUUGGUUUUGUAUCGUCUUUUUGAUGGCGUCGAAAUCUUUUUCUUGGUCGUCUUAUGACUUUUUUUUGUUCAUUGUUUUUAAAAAAAUAUAAUUGGUACAAAUAUUCUCACCACUUUUUUGUUGGUCUUCUGCAAAACCCAAGCUCCUUUUGAAACCAAAUGAACGGAGCUGGCUUCCAGGAAGGACAUCCACGAGCCACAACUACGUGCUGGUAUGUUCCAUCCUCUCAAAUGCUUCAGCAGUAAAUGUCAACCCAACUUUUAUUUAUUUAUUUUUCCCCGAGUGGGAGGUGAUGCCAGGAUUAUAAAUGCAUUUAACUUAAGACUUGCCGAGUCCUCAGGCUCAGCACAUUUGCUUUAGAAUCGUAGUUUAGUCUUGUUGCCAUUUUAUAUAAACAUAUAUAAUAUUUUUAUACCUUAACACUUAUUCUUGACGGCAUCUGUCAGAUAUUAGCAAGGAUCAAAAAUGGGAAUUUUUCAAAAGUCCUUUAAUUUACCUGGUGACCUCACCAGGUAUUAAAAAAAAUCUAAGUGCUUUUAAUUUCUGGAAAACUAUAAGCUCCAAAACAGCCUACAGAUCUAAACCUUGUUUGUCAAAGGCUCUGGGCCGACGGGGGGGUGGGGGGGGGAGGUCCUGCUCUGUGGGGCGCAGCCCGGCCACACCCGGAGGUCCCCUCGGAGCUGGACCGCCAUGGCGAGCACACAGCCUACCUCAGCCUGUCUGUGUGACAUUCGGAAAUAAAGCUUCCAUGUCCAGUGU